AUGUUUUACUCUCACCAGCUUCUGGCUCGCAAGGCUCCGCUCGGUCAAAUUUGGAUGGCCGCGACUAUGCACGCAAAGAUAAACCGAAAAGGGCUUAGCAAGCUUAAUAUUAUUAAGAUCUGCGAAGAGAUUUUGAAUCCAUCAGUUCCCAUGGCUCUUAGACUCUCUGGAAUUCUCAUGGGAGGAAUUGUGAUUGUUUAUGAAAGGAAAGUGAAGCUUCUUUACGAUGAUGUUACCCGUCUUCUGCUUGAAAUAAAUUCAGCUUGGAAAUUGAAGACAGUCCCAGAUCCUACAAUACUACCUAAAGGAAAAUCCAAGGCCAAGAGAGAGUCUAUUACUUUACCUGAGAAUGAAGAGACAAAUGUUGGAGACAUUGAGCAAUCCCUUCGAUUUUCUAAUACGGUGAACACAAUGGAGUUUCAACAUGCGGCCUACAUUACCAUGCGACUUGAUAGUGUGGACGAACCCUACGUUUCUAGUGAAGCAAAGGAGCAAGAUCCAUCCCAACAUUUUCAUCAAGCUGACGCAGAGAAUAUUACCUUAACUGAACGUUUUGAAUCAUUCCAAGCUGCGGAUCCAUACGAUCGCUUUGAAAGGUUUGAUAUUGAAGGAGAUGAGGAAACGCAAGUAAACUUUACUUAUGGAGAGAACACUCAAAUUCCAACCCUUAUACCCUCUCCUCCCCAUCAAGCUGAUCCAACAGGAGACAUAAUUCAAGACCAACAUCCAGGAUCCCAGGUCAAUCAGCAAUCUAAUCAAUGCAUGGAAGAAAGACAGAAACAGGAACAGGGAAGACGGGGCCUUAUGAAAAGGAAAAGAAGACAACCAGUAAGAAAUGCAAUGGAUUAUGAACAAACCAUCAUUCCUGUUCAUUUAUAUCAGUCAUGGCUGCAAAAUGCUUCCGAUAUUGUCUCAAGAGGAAGGAAGAGAAAGCGCUCUGAUAUCAUAUCUAAAAGAAAGAUAGCUAACCUCAUGGAGCUGCCACCGGUUGUGCUAAUCGGUAAUUUAUUUACAAGUGGAAGUAGAGAUGUAUAUUAUCCGCCUCCUAUUCUAGAGUUAUGGUAUAAGAGCACUCAACCUUCCCAAGACUCACCAUCAGAAAGGACUUCAAUACCCCAGCCUCCAGAGCCCUCAUUUUCGUCACCUCCAGGAUUACAUCAAGACGAUUUUGUUGGAAUUCCCGUUGAAGACUUUCACAGCGGUUCAGACGGUCUAUUAGCUUCCGUAGAGAAGCAACGGGACACUGUUCUUGAUACUGGAAUAUUCAUGGAUGAACUGAGGGCUAAUCUUGACAAUGGUUCAAGAGCGCCUAAAGCCGCUACUCCUAAGGUUGCGUCGAGAAAUUCUGGAGAUAGUGCAGAGUACUUUCCAAGAUCGGUAUCCGAACAUGGUCUCUCCUCAGAUUCAGACUUAUUUAUGGGCAGUUUAAAGAAGAAAAGGCGUUCACCAUCUAGAUACAGCAGCAAAGGCCUCGAGCCAGUGGCUGAGAAUGCGAAUUUCAAGUUUGCUAGGUUGUCUGAUUAUGGUCUUACGCCUGAUCCAGAACUAUUAGUGGAAACGGGACGGACGCAAACGCAAACGCAAGCGCAAGUGAACUUCAAGAAUCCUAUGGACAACAUGACUGAUUCUAUUAGAACGCAUAUAAAAGCUCAUUUUGAUACGCCAGGAGCUCCUCAAGUGGAAUCCCUCGACGUCCUCGCAGCUGGAAUGACUCGGAAAUCAGCCGCCCUACUUUUCUACCAGACUUGUGUUCUUGCUUCCCGUGAUGCCCUGAGAGUGGAGCAAAAGAUGCCUUAUGGGGAGAUCCUCAUUUCUAGAGGAUCAAAAUUGUGA